UUGAAUUAUACAAACCCAACAGACCAGCUUCUACAUCAUAUCCAGAUAAACCCACAUUCCAAGCACAUUAAACACUUAUACCACUCACUUAUCCCUUACCCGAUAGCCAAACAUCUCUUCAAAAUGCAGUUCAGUACUCUUCUCCUCACAACAGCCUUGUCCAGCCUCGCCAUGGCCAACUACAACAUCAUGCUGUACCAGAAGAAAGACUGCAAGAAAGCAAUAGGCCAAACCUGCAGCAACGUCGCUGCUCGAACCUGCUGCGGCGGCGGCGGGAAUAAGUACCGGUCCGCCAAGUUCGCAGAGACCGCCGGCGGCAACGACUCAGACGACCAGCUGAAGAUCUACAAGGAGUCGGACUGCGGCGGUUUAGCCAUUAAGCAGCAGACUGGCAACAAAUGCCUCAGCAACAAGAAGAAGGAGGUAGAGGGUGCUCAGGUCUUCGUCGUCAUCAACGCGCGGGAUGAGCAGAGCGCCGGACCGGCCAAGAGAGUUGAGCCGGAUGAGCAUUUCUUGGAGGAGGGAGCAUUCCGCUACACUCUCAAGCGCGAUUCACCUGAGGGCGAGGCGUACGAAAUGCUUGCUCGCUUCGAAGACCAGGCCGAGCACUUGAGGUCCUUUGGGAAGCGUGAGGAGAUCGCGGCAUCUACUGAGUAAAGGGGUGGUAGCAAUAGGGUAUUCUGAAUUGGAGGACUGGCUGGGGU